CUAGAUGCUAAAAAUUAUGGCUUACAUGUUCGCACCUAGAUCUAGAUCUUGAUCUAUAUAACAUCCUUUUAAUUAUAUUUAGAUCUACUACUUCUGCCAUUAGUGAAUACACAAGGAGUAGACGAGACUGAGAGGACACGAAAAAUGUCCACGGCAAAUUUCAACUCAUCUAGCAGGGUUGUCAUGGGAUCUUUUGGUGGAAGUUUGGGAAGCCAUUUGCCCCAACUAACUGUUGAAACAGAGCUACACAAGCUUCUCACUGAUGAAAAGGCUCGUGCUGAGAAACAUAAGAUUAACUACCAACAACUCAAAGUUGAGCAUACCAGACUACAGGAUAAAGUAUUAGAGCUGGAGGCAGAGAAUAAAUCAACAGUUGAAGAGUCCAGGUUGGUUAAAGACAAAUACCUGUCCAUGUAUGAGGCCUGCAGUCGGGAGUUGGCACAGAAAUUAGCUGAACUGGAGGAGAUGAGGACAAAGGUAGUCACUCCACAACGGUUUGAGCUGAUCAGAGUUCAAAUUAUGGAAGAACUAGAACAGUUGUUUAAAGAAAAAUCUAAAAAACAAGAGGCAGAAGUAGAGGAAUACAGAUCAGCACUUAGCAAACUGAGAUAUGAGUUGUCUUUCUUGAAGAGUGAAUAUGAACAUGAUAGUGUAGAACACAAGCAACAAAUGGAAGAUUUAAUCAAACAACAUGAUAUAGAGCUAACAAAUCUGCGGCAAGAUCGAGACACUGUGGUGGCUAAAGUUCAAGCAGAAACAAGUCAAGAUACACAGAAAGUCAGAAUUCUGCAGAGGGACAAUGCUAAGUUACAUUUACAGGUUAGAGAACUCUUAGCUGAGAUUGAAGAAAUUAGAGCUCAGAAAGAAAAACUUGGAUUGGAUUCAGAGAAUGUUUCCAGAAUGCAGACAAAGCUUAUUUCAGAGCAUCAAUCUACUAUUCAAACUUUACAGGCUGAACGAGAAUCACUCAAGCGCCAGUUAGAAUACAUCAACCGUGAACUCACUGCAGCAGCCUCAGAACAAAACAAACUGAAAAAUGAAAUGCAUGAAUUGGAGAAAAAGAACACAGUCCUUAAAGGUCAUGCAGAAGAGAUGAGUCAUAGGUCAAAGGUCAGCCUAUCAGACCUCAAGAUGGAAAUGCUGAAACAGAGAGGAGAGAUUGAAAAAGAAAGAGAUAAACUAGGCAAUGAAGUUGAAGAUUUACGUCAUGCAGUAGACAUUGCAGAGAUGAAGAUAAAACAGCUACAGCACGCCCUGGAGGAGAAGGAGAGAGAAUCUGUCCAGCUUGUGCAGGCUGCUCGGGAGGAAGAGUUUUCCAAAAUGGCUAAAGUGGAGAAUGAAAAGUUUGAGCUGGAGACAAAACUCCAGGAACUUGAACGAAGGCGAAUAGAUGACGACGCGCGACGCCAUGCAGAAGAAGAGAAAUGUAAUGAAAGGGUCUCACAAGCCAACGCAGCCAAAGAUCAGGCAGAGAGAGAGCUGUUGUCAAUCAAAACUCGACUUAGUCACAUGGACAGCCUACAGGAUCAGCUGGAGAGGGAACGAUCUGAAAACUCCACACUGAAAUCCCGCAUUCUGAAACUAGAAACAGAACUUGGCAAUUUUAAGAGCUCGGAGAAUGAAAUGACAGACUCCAACAUGAGGCUGAAGAACAACUCUGAGCUGUUGAGGGAGGAGCUUAAAAUGACCCAAGCACAGCUAGAGAAGCUGACCAACAAUCACGAGGUAAUUCUGCUUCAACAACGUUCAGCAAUGGCUGAAGACCGCACUCAGCUUGAAGUGAGAAUUCAUGAACUAGAGGAAAAGCUUGAUCUAGCUCAAUCUAAGUACAGCAGGGCAUCAGGGAUUCAUAAAAAGCUUAAAAAAAAGACAUCCAUGAUGAUCGAUAGACUGAAAGAUAAACUAGUUAUGCUAGAAGCACAGUACACGGAGCUGGAAAUUGAGAAGAAAGCACUGCAGAAAUGUGUUCCCUUUGAUCAAUAUAAUCAUUUAAGAAAGCAGUGGAAAGACCUAUGGCGCCGCCAUCAAGAAUUCCGAACCAUCCUCUUCUCAAUCCCCAAUAACUCUGGCGUCCAUUCUAUCACGAAAGUGUCAAAACUGCAGCUUGAUUCAUCUGCUCUGCUCAACCAUUCUGCCAUGGAUAAAGAAUUGGAGGAGCAGCACCAAGAAGAUUUGAAAGUCCUGCGCCUGAGACUGGAGGCUCUAGACAAAGUCCAAAAUCAGCAGUUGGCCGAACUGACAGAGUUAACCCCCAGAGAGAAGCACGAUGUGGAGAAGGACCUCAUCAGAACACCAUCCAUCCCUGAAGAUCAAAUAUCUGUUCAUUCUGAUGAAUCUUGAUUGUUUCUGCUGGAAUUUACAAGUCAAACUAGCCUAGUAUCUGUUUAACUGUGUUGGCUUGCCUAAUACCAUUUGAGCCAAAAUUUAGCAAUGUACUUAUGUCAUUAAGGGUUUAAAACUUAUUGAACUUACUUGAGAAUUUCGAUAUCUAUUUUACUUUUUAAUUUUACCAAACUAUAUAAUACAUUUUUUGAAGUUAUAAAUCUUUUGGUAAAUUUUAGUAAAUUAAUAUGAAGUUUUGUUAUGGUAUAAAUUUUAGCAACUUAACAUGAAAGCUUCUCUUUAAAAAAACUUCUCGUAUUUUAUAGUUAUACACUUAAGAGUUGCCCUAUAUGAUAGCCAAUAAGUUUGAAUGUAAGGACAGUCUGUUACUCAUAUGUGGAAACAAGCUUAUUGCAUGAGUUAAAAGCUUGGUUAAACAGUGACAUUUAUAUUCAUGAAAUCUGUAUACUAAUAUACAUAUUACUUUUAGAGUGUAUAUAUUGUAUAUACACUAUUUAAAUUUACAUAUAUAUAUAUACAAAACAUAUUUAUAACAUUGGACUUGUGGAGGAUUGACUUAUAAAGCAUAUUAUAUGAAGCACAGGUUUGAUUCUUUUAUUUAUUUGACUUUUUAAAAUUUCAUUAUGUAUUUUAAUGUACAUAUAAUUAUAAUUUACCUGAUUAGUCAUGAACAUGUUGUCUACUGUGAUAUUUAUUAGAUACUCGUACUUAUUAAAUU